AAUAUAAUAAUAAGGCUAAGAACAUUACAAAUUGAGUGGAUUGUGAUCUAUCCAUAUAGAAAUUGCUUUGUGAUUUAAUACAGAAAAAAUAACUAAGCAACGAAAAUGGGUUCUCUUAUGGCAGGAUGGGGUUCUUCCUCCAUUGAUCCUAAAUCAGCCACACUCAAAAGGAAUAUGUCACUUACUAAAAUUGAAAUUGAUGCUUAUUGGAAAUCAAAGAAGAAGAUAGAGGAAGAACACUUUAGAGCCAUUUCCAAUCUGUCUGAGACUAUUGAUCAGGUUAGCAGAGACAAUGAUCCUGAGAAGAAGCUUCAGAAAUCAAUGACUAUGCCUGUGACCAACAUGAGGGACUCCUUUAAUAUGUCCAUACUAGACAAAAAUUUGGAGCAACUUAUCAACAAAGAUGGCUGGUGGACAAAGAGUAGUUGGGCAUUUCUGAAUGAGCCACCAUUGAUGGAAGCUGCAUCUAACAAGUAUGCAGCUCAGUUUCAUGUUGCCAAUUUGGGACCAUCGAAAUUGAACCCGGAAGAUGAAAUAAGUGCAUGAUUAUAAAAAUCUUGCUAACUAAACACUAAACUAUGUAUAUAUUUAUCGAUUAAUCAGUAUUUGUGUUUGCAUUAAUGUAAGAUAGUGUGUCUAAUGUUGAACAAUUGUGGAGUUCGUUUUUGUAUGCAAAUAAACAUGUUUUUGUUUCUGGUUAA